AUCACUUCAUGUCUUAUCACCAUCAGUUCCCCAUUCAUUUAUCCAGCAGUCUGCAGGACUGGAUGAAGUUAGCAGCCGUAUAUGGAUACUGACCCUCAUGCUCACUCUCUUCACUUAAGAAAUUUCACUUAUUUUUCUUUCUUCUCUGAGCUGGAAAACUCAGAUCAUGUUGCCAGGACUGUUAUUGAGACUUUGGCUGUCACCACUGUCUUCCUGGUGUCAGUGGUAGCGAAUGCAGGAGCUGCUGUCCUGGUAAUGUGUGAGCGCAGACCACUGGCUAACAAGACCAUCCUGACCCUGAACUUGUUCGUGGCUGAUCUGUUGUUUGUCAGCAUGAUCCCACUGAUUGUGUCGGUGCGUUGGACUGUGUCGUGGACGCUGGGCGACAGAGCAUGUAAGACAGUGCUGUAUGUCAUCUGUAUGGGCGGCUGUGCCACCGUCACUACACUGGCCUCCAUCAGCGUGGAGAGGGUCCAGGCUAUUCUUUGCCUGCAGACCAUUCCCACUCUCAACCCCAGGAUGGUGACUGCCACUCUCAUCUUCAUCUGGGCCUUUUCUGCACUCAACUCUGUACCCCUCAGCGUGUUCUUCAAAGUGAUGGAAGUGGAUUUCCCCAAUCUGAAACGUGGACACAUCUGUACUCUCAAGUGGCCUGAUGAAACUGGAGAGAUUGUGUGGGAUGUGUCCUUCACUGCCCUUUGCUUCCUUCUCCCAGGGCUCAUAAUUGGGGUCAGUUACAGAAAAAUACUGCAGAUUGCUAAAAGUUGUCGGGAAAGGUUUCGACCCAAAGACAGUCAGCCAACAGUUGGAGAUGUUCCCGACUACCGCAUCUCCCGCCAGGAUAUGAAGCUCUUCCGUACUAUGCUGGUCCUGGUGCUCUCUUUCUUAAUCAUGUGGAGCCCUAUUUUCAUUAUCACCUUCCUCAUACUAGCCAGAAACUACCUGGGUCAAAUACAUGUCUCGUCCACCAUGUUCUUCUGGGUGGUAACAUUCACACUGGCCAAUUCAGCCCUCAACCCCAUCCUCUACUCGGUGUGCCAGUUCAAGAGCAGCUGGCGUAAGUUCUGCUGCAGCUCUAUGGUAGCACCACUGAGAAAAUGACCAUAAAAUUGAAGCUUUAUACUCACAAAAAGCAUACAACACCUUGUUCAUACCUCUUUGUUACAUCUAAUAGACACCAUACAGUAUACUUCUUAUGUGAGGAAAAAAUAUUUACAUAAUUGCUGCACUAAUUGCUUGGUGUGUUUCUGUCAAAACCAGCAUUUCUGGAUAUUUUUGAGUGAUAAUUUUAAGAUUGUAACAUAGAAUACUGUCAAUUUCAUUUAAAAAAUAGCUUGUUUUUAUUUUCUAUCAUUAGUUUUCAGUCUACAAAAAUCUGUCUUACUUUGAAAAGUCAAAUACAUGCAGUGUAUUAACUGAAUUCUUGUUUACUUACUUAUAAUAUGUUCUAUAAAAAGUGCAAUAAACAUGUGUCAAGAAACUGACAGAAAAGUUAAGUAUGGUUGUGGAAAACAUUGGAGUCCCAUAUUUAAAACUGAAUUUUUUAGGCAUGUCAUUUUCAAGUCAUCAGGGAGAAGAAAGACUUUGCAGGAUUUUGUAUCUCGUCGCCAGAUCAUUCUGGCAGAACAUGUUUGACUGCCAACAACAGUAAUCAAACUCCAAGCAGUAGUAAACAAUCCCACUUAAUCCUGUUAGUGGUUAGAUGUAGCUGCCAUACAACAGAAGUCCACAACGGACCGGGAGAGUUAGACUCAUGGAAUAAACACACCUGUAUCUUUCUGGAGGAGCAUCUGUGGAUGAAUUUGGAAAUUAGACCACAGUACUGCUGGCUGUCAUUACUUGCUGUAGCAGCUGGUUUGUAGUUAUUUCACUGUGCCAGCUGUUUCUGUAUCACUAUAUUAUUCUGUGACUGCUUGCUAGUUUUCACGUUGUGGCAACAUGUGCGACAGAAACAUAACUAAUGCCAAAGAUGACUUUCCUCAAGCGCUCCAUUGUGCUGUAGGCUGUAAAUUGAUUGUGGAUUCUUUCCUCAAAUCACUCGCUCUCAUACAGAGCUUCUCAGACAACUUAAGACACUUAAACGCAGCGAGCAAUGACUCCUCUGACCUUUGGCUGGAGUUAUUGUUAUGCUAUUAUCCUUCCCCUCCUGAAAUCAUACAGCAUAAUUUUUCAUGAUGUGCACUAACCUUCAAAAUAAGCCAACACUAUUGUGAUUUCUGCUGUGCAUUUCCAUAAUAGAUGAGAUUCUGAUCACACAUCAUCAAACAGAUUCAUGGAAACCCAGGAAUUAUUAUAAUCUUAACUUGGUGAUCCCUAUGCUCUUCCAGUGCAGGUCACACUAGGUGCCAUAACUCAGCC